AUGGGCGACGUCUACACACCGACAAAAACGAUGGAUGGAAAUAUCUUCAGCAUAGUCGAUGGAUCACCUGCUGUCUACGUCCCGACUCCAAUCGAACCCUCGACGUCUUCCGAUGCCGCAAAGAUGCAAAACAAACUCGACGACCAGUCUUCACGCCAGAAAUAUGGAGCUGUCGACCAUUUCACCACUGCCAACAAGACAAUCCGCAUUGUCAAGAGAAAGCCAAAGGUUGGUCAAGAGACAACACCAGCUCAACCGGUCACGCCAACGUUGAAGCGCAGAGCCACUGAAGACGGAGAGGAACAUGCUGCUUCCCCGGAAAAAACGGGCUCUCUCAAAGGAAUCCUUCGCACGCCACUCUUCGACCCAAAUCGUGAACGCCGGCGUAUUUGCUUCGCCGAUUCCAAAAACCUCCCACUCUGCCAUAUCAAGGAAAUCGAGAGAAUUGCAACAAUUCACUCGAACGUAGCGGACUUCCGUUGCUCAGAGAAGAAUGAGUUUGCCGCCUCCGCUCUAGAAGUCGAUGAUUUCGAAGACGCCGAAUGGCAUGUGGUGAAAAUAAAAAAAUGCUGCAGAGCAGUGAGGAAAACGUUGUCUGAGUCUGGCAAGGUUGAAGAGCAAAGAAUUGCUGCAGGUGGUGUGAUGAGAGCUGCGAUGUUUGGCAACUUAGAAUGCAAUCCAAUUCUCAACGAUAUGGCCGCAAAAAUGUUCUUGGAAUGGCAGCCAAUCAUCAUUCCAACGGAAAGUAAGCCAGCAGAGCCGGCGAUCAGUGCACUUCAUGAUUUGCCAAUGCCAGGACGAUAUCGCCAACCGCCACACGAUGUGGAGCCGACUGCUCAGCAGCCACAAGCCGAGCCAGCUCAACAACUGUACACUCAGCAGCCAAAUGUUCAACCACCCGCAGCUCUUCAGUCUCAAACUCCAUCAUACGAAGGAUUGCUUCAAAUUAAAUAUCCGCAACCAGGAGUCAAUUUGGAUCAUUUGCAACAACACCUUAUCACUCGUACCCCGUACAAUCAGUUUGUACAGGACAAUCAGAUUUCUCAACCAGGAACGGUGGCACAAAGCACUGCAUCAGCUGCUCCACAGAUUCAACAAAUAUUCCAUGACUCGCAACCAAUGAAUAACUACUACACAGCGACUACAAGUGCCCCGCAAACUAGCGCACCUGCUCCAGCAACGUCCACUGAGUCCCGCUUCGAGCUCCCGUCUAAUUUGAAGGAAAUGUUGAACAAGUUGAAGGCGAAAGGAUUUGUCUCAUCCGAAGACUCUUCAACUACUACUCCAGCUACUCAAGAAGUCGCUAGUCCGCUCGCUGCUGCGAUGCAGACAGCACAGAAAUUGUUGAGAAGCCAAGAGUUGGCAGGAGGAACCACUGAGAACACCUAUUCCAGUGAAGAGUCCCCGCCGGAUUAUCCAAUGGAUGGUUAUGUGGCCACCUUCGCCACACCAGAGAUGAUGGCUCAGGAACGCCGUCAAGACUCCCAAAACUCAGAGGGCUGGACCCAAUCAGGGUGGAAAAUUCAGGAGCCAUGCGUUUAUUUCAUCAACCGCCCGGGAGGUUGUAACCGCGGCGAACAAUGCCGUUUCACUCAUGACGAAGAGCUGAGACGUCAAAAGGUGGCCGAGCUCCCAGCACGAGGAUCCUAUCACCACCGGGACCAUGAUGAUCGAAACUUCCGAGGAGGAGAUCGCCGUGGUCGUGGACGUGGCGGAAACUACGGAAACCGUAACAACUCACACAAUCAGGACCAUGAUUUCCGUGGGCAGCAUCCAAGCGGACGUGAUCAUCGUGAUGGUCACCCGCAGCGAACUAGUCGGUUUGGAGACACCGAAGGACGUGGUGGUCAAUACAACCGUGGUGGUGGCUUCAACCGCUCUCGAUUUGACAAGAAAGGAGACUUCAACUCUCAUCACCAUCAAAAUAACCAGUACCAACAACACCAACAAUUCUCCACUGCCUCACAAGUGGAUCUGCCGUCGCAUGACAAUGAUGGACCAAGUCCUCCAAAACGAUCUCGUAUUAGUCGAUUCGAUAAGUCUGAAGGGGAUUCUAUGGCUCAUUCUACUGGAGACCAUGACCAUCGCCCCCAGAGAAAAAGUCGAUUCGACAAUCAUCCUCCACGCUCUCGGUUCGAUCAGUCAGCCAAUGAUCGAGACGAUCGUCUCAUCCCAUCUACCUCUCUCAAAAUGGCCACCAAAGAGUUCUACUUUGCAAUCAUUGGACACUGCGACCAGCCGAUCUUUGAGAUGGACUUCCCUGCUGGAGAGAAGAAGUCGAAGGAGUCGGAAGGGACGCGUCACCUCAAUCACUACAUUGGUCACGCCGCUUUGGACAUCGUCGACGAGCACGCCUUGACAACCAGUCAAAUGUAUCUCAAGAUGGUGGACAAGUUCAACGAAUGGUACGUCAGCGCAUUUGUCACCGCCAGCCGCAUUCGCUUCAUCAUGCUCCACACUCACCGGGCGGACGAGGGGAUCAAGCAGUUCUUCCAGGAGAUGUACGAAACAUACAUCAAACACGCCAUGAACCCGUUCUAUGAUAUCGACGAUGUCAUUGAAUCGCCAGCGUUCGAUCAGAAAGCGGCACUCUAUGGAAAGAAAUAUUUGUCAUAA